AGCAGACGGCAAAGCCGGUGACACGGAUGCUGGUGGUGAUACGGCAGAGUUUUUGUGCCGUUAAAGAUACCCUGGUCUCAAGAUGAGUGACAGAGAUCAGUAUUUACCUCUAACGCCCAACCUGGUCAGAUCUCUCAAUGAUAAACUCUACGAGAAGAGAAAGGUUGCGGCCUUGGAAAUCGAAAAAAUGGUGAAAGAUUAUUUGGCAGUCAAUCAGAGAUCUCAGGUUGAUAAACUCAUAAAGGUGCUCGAUGAUUUUGCUAUUUCGCACAAUCCAAAUACCAGGAAAGGGGGCCUCAUUGGUCUGGCUGCCACUGCCAUAGGACUGGGAAAGGAAUCCUCGCUGUAUGUGCACACACUGGUCAGGCCAGUCAUAUCUUGCUUUCAUGACCAAGACAGCAGGGUGAGGUACUAUGCCUGUGAAGCUCUCUAUAACAUUGUCAAGGUGGCCAGAGGGGCAGUUCUGGUUUUCUUCAAUGACAUCUUUGAUGGACUAGCAAAGUUGGCAACAGACCCUGAUCAAAAUGUGAAGAAUGGAACAGAAUUAUUAGACAGAUUAAUGAAGGAUAUAGUUACAGAGACUUCAUUUGACUUGGUGACAUUCAUCCCCCUGCUCAGAGAGAGAGUUUACAGUAAAAACCCAUUUGCCAGACAGUUUGUUGUUUCUUGGAUUUCUGUGUUAGAUGCUGUUCCUGAUAUCAACAUGCUGAUCCUACUGCCAGAGAUUUUAGAUGGUCUGUUUCAAAUUUUGGGAGACACGAACCAAGAAAUUAGAAAAAUGGCUGAAGCAGUUCUAGCAGAAUUUCUUAAGGAAUUGAACGGUCCAAAGAAUGGAGUAAACUUUGCUGGAAUGGCUAACAUUCUUAUUUUACACAUACAAAGUCCAGACAAUCUCAUCCAGUUCACAGCAAUUUUAUGGUUGAAGAAAUUCCUGGCCCUGUCUGAGAGAGCCAUGCUGCCAUUUGCGUCGGGAAUAAUUAGUGCAAUUCUGCCAUGUUUGGCGUAUGAAGAGGAGAAUAGGAGAAAUGUUCGGGAAUCUGCCAAGUCUGUUAACCUGAGUCUGCAGAAACUGAUCAGCUCGGAAGAUGAUAGGCCCACUCCAGAGCCUCAGCGCAAAAACUCCCCAAUGGAUCAACAGAGCAAGAAAAAAGGGGAACCUCUGGACCAAAGUGCGAAGAAAGGUGGGAAUGAGACAGUGGCUGAACAGCUGACGAAGAAGAAUGAGCAGACAAGUGAACAGGUGACCAAGAGAAAUGGUCCAUCCACGGAUCAGGUGGACAAUCAGACAAACAGUGUAGUGGAGGGCAAGAAAGAAGGCAGCACAAAAUCCACAGAGCAGGCAGAUUCCUCAGACAUAUUCAUUCAGCUGGAGGUUGAGUCCGUGAUCCGUGUACUCAGCAAACUCCUUGAUCACUUCUCCAUGCAGACACGUAUAGCUGCUCUCAGAUGGUUCAGUCAUCUCCUCCUCAAGAUUCCUAAUAAGACAUUCCGCUAUGCUGAUAUGAUAUUCCCUUUGUUGAUGAAGAAACUUUGCGAUACUUCAGAUGAGGUUGUAUUACUGGAUCUGGAAGCACUAGCCGAGAUCUCCUCUAACCCUGCAGGUGAAGCCACGCCUCCAGACCCCGCCACUUUAACCCUCCCCUCCCCAGUGAGGGAUGUGUUAGACUCACAGAAAGGCACAAACAAAUACUUCACAAAGUUCAUGGGCAGUUUGAUGAAACUAUUCAGUACUGACCGGCAACUCCUGGACGAUCGUGGACCGUUCAUUAUUAGACAAUUGUCCCUGUUGCUGAACGCUGAGGAUAUAUUCCGGUCUAUGUCUGAGAUUCUAGUUCAUGAGAGAGAUCUGCAGUUUGCUUGUACCAUGGUACAGACGCUAAACCUUAUCCUCCUCACCUCUACAGAACUGUUUGAGCUCCGCAACCAGCUCAAAGAUCUCAAAACUAAGGAGAGCUGUUCGUUGUUCUGCUGUCUGUACAGGUCCUGGUGUCACAGCCCAGUGGCCACCGUCUCUCUCUGUUACCUCACACAGAACUACAAACAUGCCUGUGAUCUUACCCAGACAUUCGGUAGUUUGGAACUGACCGUGGAUUUCCUGAAGGAGAUUGAUAAACUUGUGCAAUUGAUAGAGUCACCCAUAUUUGCCUAUUUAAGGUUACAGUUAUUAGAUAUUCAGCAUAACCAGUAUCUGCUGAAGAGUUUAUACGGACUGCUUAUGUUACUGCCUCAGUCAGAAGCCUUCAAGAUGCUGCGCUACAGGCUGGAAUGUGUUCCACACUUCCAUCUGGCUGCUCCCUCAGAAAAACCUAAGUCUUUGGCCCCUGAAAAACGCCCCCUUGUGAGCAAAAUCAACUUUGACGAACUCUUAGCGCACUUCCUACAAGUACAAGAGCAACAUCGAGGAGCCAAGCGUCGAAACGCCAAAUCAUCACGGAGCAGGGAGGACAAUUAACUGUAAUGCUGAAGUCUGGGACAUUUAAGUCUAUGCUAUUAGUUAUUUGCUCCUGUAUAACACUGACAUCUGGGACAUCUAAAUCUACACAGUCAGCUAUUCAUACCUGUAUAACACUGUCAUUUGGGACAUAUAAGUCCACACUGUCAGUUAUUCACACCUGUGUUUAUGUAUGUAUGUGUCCCGUUAAUGGUUGUAUGUAUUGAGAUUUACCUGUCAUUUAACAGAUACCUCAGUGUAGACCAAAACAUUAUAUACAGACUAAAGCAGUACAUAUUGUAACCCAGCUGUGAAAAGUGAUCUUGGGCUGAUUUUCCACGAAAAUCAGUCAUUUUUCACUUCAAAACACAGGUGUACAGCUCAUUUUUAGGACCAAGAAGUUACCAUUUAGACCACCUUAUAAAUGUCAUCUAAAGACAAAUUCAUAAAAAAUUUCAGCUUACAGUACCAAAAACUAAGCACUGUCAUGAGAGUUUAGAGUUUUGGAAAUUACUUUGUUUAAUCGGCCCCUUCACUCCAGUUCAGGCCGAGUCAUCUGCAGCUUCCUGUCAAAGAGGUCUGUCAACCAAGGCAGUAAUGUUUCUCGAAGUUCUGCCCAGUUUACUGUGUAAAAUGCUCAGCUGUGAGUCAUCUGCGGCUUUGAAUCAAGAAUGUCUUUGAACCAAGGCAAGUGGGGCUCUCAAAGUUUGCCCAGUUUGCUGUGUGAAAUGAUCAACA